CGCUCCCGCCUAUCCCAAACCUGGAAAGGUGCCGGAGGAAUGAACGCGAGCGGCUAGGUGGGGCUGUCCCAUUUGCCCGCCCCUCCCUUUCUGCGACUGGCUGUUCGGCCGUGGGUCUCCGCCCCACAACCCUGCGUCUGCGCGUGGGCUUGGGCCGCCCGUCGUACCUGAUGGUGGGAGGCAGUAGUUCUCCGCUUCCCUUCCGCUGGCGGGAGAGUUAGCUAGCCACCCGAGAAAACACCAUGAAAGACACCGAUAUCAAGAGACUACUGUAUACCCAUCUUUUAUGCAUAUUUUCAAUUAUCCUAAGUGUCUUCAUUCCAUCACUCUUCUUGGAGAACUUCUCAAUAUUGGAAACACACUUGACAUGGUUGUACAUCUGUUCUGGUUUUGUAACUGCUGUCAAUCUAGUACUAUAUUUAGCAGUGAAACCAAAUACAUCUUCUAAAAGAAGUUCAUUAACACACAAGGUAACCAGAUUUUUGAAAUGCUGUAUCUACUUUCUUCUGUCUUGUUUUUCCUUUCACGUAAUUUUUGUUCUAUAUGGAGCACCACUAAUAGAGUUGGCAUUGGAAACAUUUUUAUUUGCAGUUAUUUUGUCUACUUUUACUACUGUGCCUUGCUUGUGUUUGUUAGGACCAAACCUCAAAGCAUGGCUAAGGGUUUUCAGUAGAAAUGGAGUCACAUCCAUAUGGGAGAAUAGUCUCCAGAUGACUACAAUUUCUAGUUUUGUAGGAGCAUGGCUUGGAGCACUUCCUAUUCCGCUGGACUGGGAAAGACCAUGGCAGAUGGCAGUAGAAAGAAAAUGUAGCAUUUGUAGAUCUCUCCGUGUACCCUGCAUGGGGCUUGGCACUGUCAUACGAGUAACUUAAUCCUCACAGCCAUAGUGCAAGAAAGAAGACAUCCAAAUGUCUGAUGCAGAGAGAAAGUUCCUGGCCAGUCAUCCAGUAGACUCUCUCCACUCUUCAAUGGAAAGGUGAUGCUUAUAUUUUUAAAAAUCUCUACAAAGCUCACAUACAACAAGACAGUACAUCCUAGAUUUGUGACUGAUAUGAGCAUUUAAGGCUGUCAUUUUCAAGUAUAAAAGUUUAGUGUUCCAUUACCCAAUCUGUGCAGUAGACAUAGCUAUAAGCUUAAGUCAUGUGAAUUAACAGAAGCCCACCAAAGACAUUUAAAAAAUUAUAAUUUAGGCAACAGCAAGUUUAAAUGUAGGAAAGGCUAGAAAAAAAUGUGUAGAUGAGAUUGUUUCUCUAAAAUGCAUUAGGUUGUUCACAAUGAAGCUUUGUCUAACACCAUUAUCUGAUGCAUGGCAUAUGCAAUAAGGCAGAUCCACAGCAGACCAAACAAGGAAGCUGAAUUAGGUAAUAGAACUAGUAAUUAAGAUGGUUCACCUCUAACACAGUUCUGUGGCCUGUUCCCCCCAGAGAAAGAUUAGAAAUGGCUCCAGUGUACCAAAUAAGCUUCACAGAAGAACAUGAAAAUUUUUCUCCAACUUUUUUUUUUCUUUAAGCAGAGCCUUUCACUUAGGGACCAACACAUGCACUGCUUGUAGAUUAAAUAAUUCAAAAUUAAUUACUUCUAGCCUAAUGUAAUAUGGCUGGAGAAAAUGGGUCUCUGGAAGCCGGUAUUUUGUUUAACUUACAUUCUAGAUGUGUAUAUAAGUUGUCAUUCUAUAACUUCUGCUGUGGUUCCAACAUCUAUAUCUGAAAGGUGGAAGCAGCUGCUCUGUUACAAUUUUCACGUAACAUGCUUGGAUUCUAGGUCUUCCCUCUUUAACACAACUUAAAGUUUCUUGUGGUUUGGUCAACAUACACAAUUCUCAUUUCAUUUGAUGUACACAGCCAAAGUGGGAAUUAAAAAAAAAAAAAUUACCAACUAGUUCAGAGAGCUAAAUUGAGUCCAGCGUUAUGGCAAAGUCUGACCCAAAAUUUUAAUUUGUAAUUUUAGCAUAUGUCUCAUGCACUUUGGGGAGCGUCAAACUAAAUCUACAAUUGCCAGAGCCUUGUUACAGUUUAAUGCACAUUAACUAAAAUGUGUACAUUUUUAGUGUUCAUGAUAAAUGCAAUUAUUACCUUAUUACACUUUUGGCAUUCUUUAAGAAAGCACAUUAAGCUUUAAUAUAGAAAUAUUUAGGUUACACUUGUGCUCAAGUAAUAAUAAAAACAUUUGUUCUUUUUUGAUCUCAUACAUUCUCUCCUCAGGUAUGGCCCAUCUCCUGUACGCUUGGAGCGACCUUUGGCUACGUGGCUGGCCUUGUUAUUUCACCACUCUGGAUAUACUGGAAUAGAAAGCAACUUACAUACAAGAACAAUUAACUGGAGCAAAGGGAGAUACUUCUUUGUGCAGAUUCUGUAAGGGCUGUGCAGAAAUGUGUAUGGUCAAAGCCAAGCAGUUCCAUUUACAGCACUGUUUUUUAUGUAGUUACAACAUGAUGUGAUUGUAGCUUUUUAAACUAUGAAACCCCUGAGAGAUUGUACCUUCUAGUUGAAAUAAAGUAUUUAUAAUAGAUUGUGGCUUCAGAUGCUGCUUACUGCUUCUUAAACCUUUAAGGAACAUUCUUAAUAACUUUUAUAGAAUUCUGAGGACAGGUUUUGUUUUCUUUCAAGUUUUGAACUGCUUCAUUACCUAUAAAAGGUCUGGAUAUAGCUGUAGCAUUUCAUUUGCUUUCUGAGAGAAAUGGACAGUUUCCUUGGCCACUGAAGAUGUUUCUCACGUAAUUAAACAACAGUUUAUACAUCUUGAUCCUAUUCUUUUUUUUACAGUGUGUUUCUUUGGAGUUAAAAUGGCUAUGAUAGCCUCAUCAAAAACAGUCUUCAAUCCCUUCUGGGUUAAAGCUGAACAUUCCACAUAGCAGCA